AAAGUGAGGUCACGAGAGAAAAUAUUUUCUUCUACACUAAUUAAUAAAUAGUAGUACAUUCAAUUUUUGCGUUCUCUCUCUCUCCACCUGUCCUACUCUUUGAUGGGUCGUACGUUUUUGUUGUUGUUAAAAGGAGCAACUCCAGUUCCCUCCAUUACCAACUCAUCUCUUGUUCGUGAGUUGCUCUUUUCUCUAUCUCUCUCUCCAACACUUCGAGAGAAGCACAGACCCUAUUCAUGUGUAGUGGUUCCGGGAGUCGAGUCUGUUCUGCUGAUUUAGCCAUGGAAGCUAAAAUUCAGGAUCAAAAAGAACUUGUCCCUAAUUUCUCUCUUUUGCUCGAGUUAUCGGCCUCAGAUGAUAUAAGAAACUUCCAAAAGGCGGUAGAAGAGGAGGGCCAUGACAUCAAUGAGGUGGGGUUAUGGUAUGUUAGAAAAGUUGGUGUAAAGAAGAUGGGAUAUGAAGAGAGGACACCCCUUAUGGUUGCUGCUACUUUUGGUAGCAAACAGGUGCUAAAUUAUAUUCUUGAGAAGGGUUGUGUUGAUGUUAAUCAAACUUGUGGUUCGGAUAGGGCUACAGCGCUUCACUGUGCAAUUGUUGGUGGCUCUUCAGCUUUGCCUGAGGUUGUCAAGCUCUUGCUUGAUGCUUCUGCUGAUGCGAAUUUGGUAGAUGCAGACGGAAAACGGGCUGUUGACCUGAUCUCAUCUCGGGGUCGUUGCCUUAACUCUAGGAGGAAGAUACUAGAGCACUUGCUCGGAGGAAACAGCGGUGAUGAGGGUGAAGGAAGUGGAUGCAUUGAUCAGAUCAUUUCUGAACAAGCAGAAGAACAACUGUUGUUGACUCCAACAGUGUCUAAAUUUGGGAGCGAGAAGAAAGAGUAUCCUGUCGAUCCCUCUCUUCCAGACAUAAAGAAUGGGAUAUAUGGGACUGAUGAUUUCAGAAUGUACAUAUUUAAGGUGAAACCAUGCUCAAGAGCAUAUUCCCAUGAUUGGACUGAGUGCCCAUUUGUUCACCCUGGUGAAAACGCUAGAAGGCGGGAUCCUAGUAAAUACCACUAUAGCUGUGUCCCUUGUCCAGACUUUCGCAAGGGAACAUGCCAGAGGGCAGAUGCUUGUGAGUAUGCACAUGGUAUUUUUGAGUGCUGGCUUCACCCUGCACAGUACCGGACCCGUAUGUGCAAGGAUGAAACAAAUUGCAAUAGGAGGGUAUGUUUCUUUGCUCACAAACCUGGAGAGCUUCGCCCCUUGUAUCCUUCCACAGGGUCUGCUGUGCUUUCACCUAGAUCAUAUUCCAAUGGCACGACUUCAUUGGAUAUCUCAUCGAUUACUCCACUAGCCCUUGGUUCUCCAUCAGUUAUGAUGCCUCCUACUUCAACUCCACCUAUGUCUCCUUCUGCAGGAGCUUCUUCUGUGGGUGGAUCUUUAUGGCCUGGGCAGUCCAGCCAUUCAACUCCAACUUUGCAGUUGCCUAUUAGUCGGUUAAAAACUUCAAUUAAUGCCAGACAUAUGGAGUUAGGUAAUGGUUAUCUGAGGCAAGAUCAGCUGAUGGAUGACUUAUCUGCGCUUUCUUCGCCAUCCAGGUGGAAUGGCUCUUCAGCGAAAGCUGCUACGUUUGCAACUUCUUUUAAUGAUCUAAAUGGUGAACUUGGUAGGCAUGGUGGAUUGGAACCAACUAAUCUCGACGAUAUCUUAGCAACCCUUGAUUCCAAAAUUUUGUCUCAGCUGCAAGGGCUAUCACUCGAUGCUGUAUCACCCCAUCUGCAAUCUCCCAAAGGGAUGCAGAUGCGACAAAAUAUGAACCAGCAACAUAUGACAAGCUAUUCUUCCGGUCAAUCUUCACCGUCUCUCAGGACAUCAUCUUCAUAUGGAAUUGAUGCAUCCAUUGCUGCAGCAACCGCAGCUUCGAGUUCAAGGUCCGCUGCAUUUGCCAAGCGAAGCCAGAGUUUCAUUGAUCGAAGUGCUGUAGGCCGUCUUUCUAAUGCUUCCGCUAUGCCUUCUAACCUCUCAGGUUGGGGAUCACCUGAUGGUAAAUUGGACUGGGGCAUCCAGAAGGAUGAGCUCAAUAAGUUGAGAAAAUCUGCUUCCUUUGGUUUACGGAACAGUGGCAAUAGGUUUCCUACAAAUGAAGGCUCGGUCUCAGACUCUUCUGUUGAGUCUGAUGUCUCUUGGGUUCAGCCUUUGGAUUCCCCUGCUAGACAAUUGGCGAUGGAGGAUCAACAGUAUCGUUUGAAUGCUAGUCGAGGUUCUGAGGCAACUCCAACAUGGGUAGACCAGCUAUACAUGGAGCAGGAGCAGAUUGUGCAUUGAUGGUGAAGAUUGGAUUCAGGCGCCAUAUUCUUUCUUGGAGUAUUAUCUAACAAGUUCUUUUGCAAUUUUUUUGAAUUCUUUUUUCAUAUUCACCAUCUCCUUGAUGAAAGGAUACUCUAGUCUGAUAAGCAGAGAGAGAGAGAGAGAGAGAGAGAGAGAUCUAGAAAGGUCUUUGGGCAGGGUGGAAAAAUUCUGCUCCUUCAAAUAUGUCUCUUAUUUUUUAUUUUUUUUCUUCUGAAUUUUGAAUUGAUUGUCUGCUAUAAUCUCAUCACUACAGAUUAUGUAACAAGACAAUGAAUAAUAACACAGAUGAAAUGUCUCUGAUUCAAGAGCAAGUUAUCAAA